AUGCUUCUUACUUUUCUCUUCUUCACUGCUACCGUUCAGUCAGGUUUGAGAUUAAACAGUUUCACUUUGAAAACGUUUUCAAAGUUGAAGGUAGUUCCAUUAUGUGUCAUCAAUGCGAGGGAUGGAGAGGUCAUAAGGAUGGCGGAAGUGAGAACUCUUGUCUCAAGUACAACAACAACUGUGAGACCAAUGUAUUCUGCGUCAAAAUCACAGAGCCGAUGACCAGAGAAGCCACGUACGAACCGUACAGAUCAGAAUGUUGGUGAGUUCGCAGGCAAGCAGCGAUUCGUGGCAAGAGACGAAAUCCCAAAAUCUUCCAGGCACCAAAACAACCUGGUCGUCGCUCCGGGCAACUCUACGAUCGUCCAAAACGGCUGCUACACAAUAUUCGAUCAAGCCACGCCUCCAAAACGGUACGUGCGCUCCACUGAGAAUUUGCGUUGGAACUAUUGGCAACUUUCGCCCUCUUCCAGCUGGACCUACUGCUUCUGCAACACCUCCGACUACUGUAACACUGCCGCCACCGUACUCAACCACUUUUUCGUUCUUAUUCUUAUUUUGUAUUACACUUUGCUCGAGUUUUGA